CGCUUACGUCAUUAUGUUAUCGCGCCGCUCCCGUCACGUGGUCCACGCGCCGCCGCCCCCCCUCCCCCCUCUCCGUCAAGUCGCUCGGGAGAGAAGUGGCGAUUUUUUCCCCCCAAAGUAGCUCGGAUUUGGACGUCACUGGAAUCGGACGGGAUUUUAAAAUGAAAGUGAAAGUCCUUUCCAGAAAUCCGGAUGAUUACGUUAGGGAAACAAAAAUAGACAUUCACCGAGUUCCAAGGAAUUAUGAUCCUGCGUUGCAUCCGUUUGAGGUACCUCGGGAAUACACCAGAGCCUUGAAUGCAGCCAAACUGGAACGGGUGUUUGCGAAGCCAUUUAUAGCAUCACUUGAUGGGCACAGAGAUGGCGUACACUGUAUGGCUAAGCAUUUUAAGAGUUUAUCCACAAUAAUAUCUGGGGCUUGCAAUGGUGAGAUCAAAGUUUGGAACUUGAUGAGGCGUGAAUGCAUCCGUACUAUACAAGCACACACAGGUUUUGUCAGAGGCAUCUCUUCUAGAUUCUGUGGUACAUCAUUUUUUUCAGUUGGUGAUGAUAAGACCAUCAAACAAUGGAAGAUGGAGUGUCCUGCAUUUGACGAGGAAGAUGAGCCAAUACACACGAUACUAGGCAAGACUGUUUACACAGGAAUUGAUCACCAUUGGAGAGAUGGUGUGUUUGCAACGUGUGGACAGCAGGUGGAUAUCUGGGAUGAGCAGAGGACCAGCCCAAUCCGCUCAUUUACGUGGAGUGUGGACAGUAUCAGCAAUGUUAAAUUCAACCCAAUAGAGACAAACCUUCUUGCCAGCUGUGCUUCCGAUAGAAAUAUUGUCCUGUAUGAUAUGAGGCAGGCAACUCCUUUGAAAAAGGUUAUCAUGAACUUGCGGACUAAUGCUGUGUGUUGGAACCCCUUGGAAGCUUUUAUUUUUACUGGAGCAAAUGAGGAUUACAACUUGUAUACCUUUGACAUGCGCAACCUUGAUACAUCCCUAAUGAUACAUAAGGAUCAUGUGUCAGCAGUACUGGAUGUUGAUUACUCUCCAACAGGAACGGAGUUUGUCUCGGCCAGUUUUGACAAAUCUAUUCGCAUUUUCCCUGCAGACAAAGGGCAUAGCAGGGAGGUGUACCAUACGAAACGAAUGCAACAUGUGAUGUGUGUAAAGUGGUCUGCUGACAAUAAAUACAUACUUUGUGGUUCUGAUGAAAUGAAUAUCCGUUUGUGGAAGGCUAAUGCUUCUGAAAAGCUUGGUGUGCUUAUGCCAAGAGAGAAGGCUGCUUUGAACUACAACCAAAAGCUUAAAGAAAAAUUCCAGCAUCAUCCUCAGAUCAAACGGAUAGCUCGCCAUCGGCAUUUGCCUAAAAUGAUUUAUAACCAGGCCAAGGAACUCCGCAUCAUGAAGGAAGCACGACGCAGAAAAGAACUGAACCUUCGCAAGCACAGCAAACCAGGAUCUGUACCGUUUGUUGCCGAGAAGAAGAAGCAUAUUGUGGCCGUGGUGAAAUAGCUAUUGUGUCAGUACAUUGUAUAUUAAUUAUUGGGCAAUAUUUCAGAAUUGACUAAAAUUUAGAUGAUGUAUCAUAGUGUUUUCAAAGUUGAUAAAGACAAAUAUUUGAAAUAAGAAUUUAACGUUUUGUAUUUAACCUGUUUUCAUGGAUGUUAACUUAUCUGGAAGUAAUUCAUCAUAGCAAUAUGUAUUGCAUGAAACAAAAAUUACAUUGCCAUCUAAUAACAGAUGCGCUUAUUUAAAGCUUUUGUAAACUCAUUAAAUGCUAAUCCCAGGCUUCAAUGUUGAAAAUCUGGAAUUAUAGAGUUAAGUAGUUUGAAAAUGCUUGUUUGUAUUCUAAAAAUGACAUUGUAAAAACACGUGUUUCUGCAAUCUGGAUUAGACAAAUUUAUUUUUGUGAUUUAAGAGUAACGAUAAAUGAAAACAUUUAAGUAUCUGAUUCUUAUUUUCAUUGUAUUUUAUUAAAUUGACCAUCCAGCUUUUCCGGCUGUUAUUUUGAAUCAUUGCAUUAAUUAGACACUGAUAAAAAUAAAAGGAUCCGUUUAGAAAAGUU